AUGCUUGCUGUGAGGCACCCAGAGCUGGUGUGCUCGAUAAAUGGAGGGCAUUGCCUCACUGAAUUGGCCAAAAUUAAGGAGCAUGGAGAAGUCCUGCCCUUUGCGAGUACUCCAGUAGACAUGAUGUAUUAUGUCAAUGGCUGCAUGUGUUAUAACAAAGCCCAACAGUUCAUGGAUGUUACCCCGGAAACGGAUGUACCCAUAGAAACAGCACCAAAGAGGACAGCAUUUCGAUUUGUUGUGAGGCUCGUUGGACGAUUUACUUCAACCCGACAGUGUUCCUUAAGUCGCCAUUUACGAAAGCAACUUAAUAAAAGCGGACACUAUUACUCUGAAACAGUGGAUUUUGCUCCAGGUGGCCAUUUAAUGGAGCCUCCGUACUUCCCCUCUCUUCCGAUCGUCUACUCGAAAUUCGCCGGAUGUAUGCAAAGCUAUGGUGGGCUGAACCAUCUCACAGUGUGA